CCCCCGACGGUCGUGCCUGGCAUGGCUGAGAUUGUGGAGUUCCGCGUCCCCCAGGGGAAUGGCCGGACUCUUUUAGUCUUGGGGCUGGAGCUGGAGGCGUCGGAGCAUGCUCUCCAUCUUACCUUCUCUGCUUUUGGACUGCUCCAUUCUGUAAGAGUCCACAGAAAUGCUUCAGUAGCUGGCCCUGGCUAUCAUGCCUUUGUUAAGUUCUAUUCUGCCCGAGAUGCCAGCAAGGCACAACAGGUGUGCAACGGGAGGUCACUGUUUCAGAAAACUGCUCUGAAGGUUUGCAUUUGCACCAGACAGAGGGCCCUUGCAAAGCAAACAUUACCUUUGAGCAGUUGCAAAAGCCAAGAAUUAGCCAAUUACUACCUUGGUUUCAAUGGUUGGUCCAGUCGCAUCAUCACUCUGCAGAAUGUACCUGGCUUUGAAGAAGACGAGAAAGAAGAAGGAGGAACAUUGCCCAGACCCCAUCAUUCAAAGUAUCUUUGUGUGCAAGAAUUAAAUAUCCCAAGUUACGGGAUCUAUACCAGAGGGAUUGGUGUGGCUGAACUUCAAGUGGACCCCAGUCAAGGGUUUCUCACAGCCUCCCGCAAUGCUCAGAAGUUUGCAGUGCAACAGGCACUUUCAGAUGCAUUUCGGAAAAUACUCUUCAUCAUCUUAGAAAAUGGGAAGUUGGCAGUGGAAUACAGCUGUCCUGAGAAUGACCUCAUUGACUGUUUAUCAGAAGAGGAACUCAGGGGUCAGAUUCAGGUUACUGAAUUGUCAUUUUCACAGCUAGACCCUCUAGGAGAAGAGGAGGUCUUUUAACAUGGAUGGAGAAUUGCUGAUUAUUGACACAGAUUCUGUUUUCUUCUUGCUGAUCUGGAAGGGUAUCCUGUUCUCUCCUAAGCACAUUUUCUAUCAUCCUGGAACUGGGUUCUCUUUGUUUUUGGAGUUUUCGGUGAUGAAGCUACCAAUCAGAAGACAGUGCUCUUCCAAGGAAAGACUAAUUGCCUAUUUAUAAUUAGUGAUGAUUGGAGAUACAGUAAUGCUUUUAUGGUUUUUAUAUUUUUCUGAUCAAUGGUUUACUGAUAGAAAAGACAAUUUGACUAUCUUUUUUAAUAGGCAGCAAAUGUAUCCACUAAAAUGGAUCACAAUAGGAUGAUUAUUCUCCCCCCACCCACAAAUCAUUGCUAACUGAGGGAGUGGGCCAAUAAAAAUAGAACAAACUAUUGAAAAGAAAGGAAAAACAAGAGGCAUUAUUUUCUACCUUACAGUUACUUUUUACUUUCCUCCAGAUUUUAUUCAACUUUCUUACUAGUAUAGUUCCUACUUAUCCUCAUGCCAUCCCAAAAAAAGAAUGUCUGGGGAUGCUAUAGUCACUAUGUUUGUGUUUGUGUGUGAGAGACAGGUUUCUGUAUAUAAAAAUAGUCAAUGGAUAUAGAGCGAGACCACACAAUAUUAUCAAUGGGAAUAUACUAUUUUACAGGAAAGUAAUUUAAAUUGAUUAUUAAAUGAAAUAAUUAUUUUUGUGCUGCCUUGUCCAUUUCUUUGAAAGUUGAUUAAGUAGAUUAAGAUCAAGUUGUUCUGGAAAGCAUUUUAAUUUAUUUGGAAUGUUUUUUGUUGUUACUGCUAUUUUUUUCCAUAGUUGUCAUUUUUAAUAUUCUCAAAGUUGAUUUUAUGUUUUUAUAUUUACCAUAGGUAUUGUAAAUUGUCCCACUUAUAGCACUCAUGUAAGCCUCCAGGAAUUGGGCUGCUUGAAAUGUGAUACAAAUGCAAUAAACAAAUUAGGUCCAAAGGAAGAAAGUUGGAUGUUUUACGUGAAGUUUCUGUCUCUAAUUUAUCUGCUGUUUCUUCUGAGGAUGAUUCUGUAGUAUUGCAGGCUAACUCUGCCCAUAGUCUGGAGU